GUGGUGUGUGCAGAACAGUAGACGAUGGCGGACGGUCGGCCACUGCAAGAGCGCUAGAACGAGGCUGUAUUCGGGGAGCGGACAAGACUCGGGAAUAUGUUGGCAUGCGUUAAUUCUAUGAUUCCUCGACUGGAGCCAGAGUUAUGGGGAAAACCCUAAAUGGCGGCAAUUUUUGACGCCAUCUUGGAUUCUGGAAAACGCACAAAGGGGAUUUCUGGGGACUUCUAGUUGAAACAACGCGGGAAUGAACCAGGUUACUUGACAGCCGCAAGCCGGACACAGAUUUCGUCUAUGAGGAAUUACAAUUCACCGACGGGCAGUGACGGCCUUCUAACUGAAUACUUAUAACCGUUUCCGCUAUGAGUCCAAGGAGCUUGUGCGCCAAUACGAAGCGCAAUCAAAACAUAUUGAAGAUUUCUGUCUUCGCGCUCAUCCUGCUAAUACUGCUGCAGUAUUACGUCAUGACCACCACGGAACAUCGGCUGAGGGUGCUGGCAAUCGGACUACGUAAUGGAAACAGCUUAGCAAACUUGAACGCGACUGCCGGAACUGGCAGCAAAAGCAGUCGCCUGAAGACGCCGCCAUUUUCUGUUCUCCGUGAAAAUGGUUCGUCAGUCGGCACAACGCUUCCCUUAUGCCCUGUUGUCUCACCUGAGUUAAUUGGCCCCAUUCACGUGAUAAAGAGAGGCCCGGCGCCGUGGAAUUGGCUGGAGAGAAAUCUACUAGUAGAGAAAGGUGGCCGGUACAAACCGGAAGGCUGCACGUCACGCCAUCGUGUGGCCAUCAUUGUACCAUACAGGGACCGGGAUGAUCAUCUGCGGCUAUUCCUUCAAAAUAUGCAUCCUUUUCUGAUGAGGCAGCAAUUAGAUUACGGAAUUUACAUAGUCGAACAGGCUGGACGAACUGCGUUUAACCGAGCAAAACUCUUCAACAUCGGCUAUGCAGAGUCAAUAAAAGAUUAUGACUGGCAGUGCUUUAUCUUUCACGACGUGGAUUUGGUUCCGGAAGAUGAUAGAAACAUAUACUCAUGUCCAGACCAUCCGCGACAUCUAUCGGUGGCUAUCGAUAAGUUUCGUUAUAGUCUGCCGUAUGACGACAUAUUCGGCGGAGCGAGCGCGAUCAGUCGAGAAAUGUUUGAGAAAGUGAACGGAUUCUCGAACGUAUUUUUUGGCUGGGGUGGCGAAGAUGACGACAUGUCUACAAGAUUGCGAAAGCACAACUUGAUUAUAACGAGAUAUCCUGAACGGUUUGCAAGAUAUAGAAUGCUAUCCCACAAAGCAGCUGUGAAGAAUAGAGAAAGACACAGCAUUCUAACGCAAAACCUGAACCACUCUCACAAGGAUGGAAUAAAUUCCCUAGACUAUAAGCUAAAGACGAAGGAGCAACGUCCUCUAUACACGCGGGUCUUAGCCGACGUGAUUUCCACGAAGGUUGAAGAUGACACCCGCUGGAAAGACAACCCCCGACUGCUGCAGCUUGUGAAGGAGAUAGGCAGCGUUGAUCUUGCACGAGCGUACUUGUCAUCGUCCUAGCACACCGAGCAAGCAGACCAUGUGCACAUAGUCGAAAGCCAUACGACAUUGCUUUCUAUGAGUAGCAACCACAUGUAUUAUGUAUAUACACUGAGAGAUAGGAUUUACUGCUGAGAUCGGUUACUCAAUGCACCUAAAUGCAACUGUAGCUUCCCACAGUAAUAAACCGGUGCAAGACACCAAAUGUGCCUUAACCUCUAGGAAGCAGAGCCGAAUCCUUAACAAAUCUUGUAUAUUAUUUAUAUUUUUAUAAUAAUGAUAGAUUUGUAUAUUCUAUUGCCGUUUACUACUGUGUGUACUAUACCACGUUUAGCAGCUCAGUACUGGGUGCUACAUCCUGAAUAUGCAGCAACUACUGACUUAUAAGUACAGACUGCUAAAUUUGAUUAAACAUGAAAUUAGUCCGGGCCAGGCCUUGUCCAGACGCGCGCUGCAUCGCAGCGCACAGACACAAAA